UGAGCUAAAUAAGUUAAUUUUGAGCAAAAAAAUUUAAUCUUUAUAAGAAAAUAUGGGGAUGAAUUAUUAUAAGAUUUUAAAAGUAGAUAAAAAUGUUAAAGAUGAUGACUUGAAGAAAGCUUAUAGACAACUUGUUAUGAAAUGGCACCCUGAUAAGAACCCCACUAACAAAAUGGAAGCUGAAUCCAUGUUUAAACAGAUCUCUGAGGCUUAUGAGGUUCUUAGUGAUCCCCAAAAAAGAGAAGUGUAUGACCAAUAUGGUGAAGAGGGUCUAAAAGGCCAAGUUCCACCCCCUGAUCCUACUGCUGGAGAUAUUCCUUCAUCGUUCGGAUUCAACUACCGUAGAGCAGAUUCUAUCUUUGCUGAUGUUUACGGGCAUUCAAACUCGUUCGGAGCCAAUAGAGGAUCAAGUUUUUUCGCAAAUGGAAUAUUUGAUGAUGAUAUAUUUGGGUCUAUUGGUGGAGGAGGAAGAGGAUCAAUGCAUCAGACUGGCCCUAGAAAAGAUCCUCACAUUGAGAGUAAAAUGCUUUGUAGUCUUGAGGAGCUGUACAAUGGGGCUACUAAGAAGCUGCAGAUUUCUAGAGAGAUUGUUGAUGCGAAGGGCAAGACUACGAACGUGCAGGAGGUCUCAGAAAUUCACGUAAAGCCGGGCUGGAAAAAGGGCACGAAAAUUACCAUACCGGAGAAAGGGAAUAAGUAUCCAAAUGUCAUACCGGCUGAUCUUAUCUUCAUACUAGAAGAAAAACCGCAUCCUGUGUUCACUCGUGAGAGAAAUGACUUGAUCAUUACUCAAAAGAUUUCGUUAACUGAAGCCUUGACGGGUUACACUGUCCAUUUGACUCACUUAGAUGGACGGAAUUUAUCGAUUCCAGUUAACGAUGUGAUUAGUCCGAGUUACGAGGAGGUUAUCCGGAAAGAAGGGAUGCCCCAUAAAGACCCAAUAAAGAAGGGAAAUCUGAGGAUUAAGUUCAGCAUCAAGUUCCCGACUAGACUAACAUUAGAACAGAAAGCAGGAAUCAAAAAGCUUCUUACUUGAUAAGAUCAACUAACUUCAGGGGCAGACAUUUUUUUGUGAAUACAAGUAGAAUGAGAUAUUAUGAAGUGGUUUUUAAAUUUAUGUGACUUAGCAGUUAGAUCAUGAGAGUUUCAGUUUGGAUAGUAUGUGAAGUUUUAAGGUUUGUGGCAUC